CUGCUGUCCCCUUUCAAGCUGUACAUGAAUCUGGGCGCGGGCUUCACCACUCCCACGGCCGAGUCGCUCAAGAUGACCGCAGGCACCAUGUGGACGAUCCUGGUGAACCCGAGCGACUCGAACCAGAUCGUGAUCCGCGCGCCCAACGGAUACUACCUGGAGGGCAACAGCGACGGCAGCCUCACGGCCACCGGCAGCCCCGACCUCGUGAACCUGGGCGACUCCGCCACCUUCGGCACCAACCUCGCGUUCAACAUCAAGAUCAUCAAGACUAUCAAGUACGACUGGCAGCUGGCGUACCAGCUGCAGGGCGCCAAGACGCGGCGCAUCGAGAACAUCCGAGCCACUUUCGUCACUGAGGCCGACUGGCAGUACAUGCGCUCGCAGGGGAUCAACACUGUGCGCGUGCCCGUGCCGUACUACGUCUACCAGCCGCGCCCGGACUUCCCGUUCGUUGCGGGGAUGGGGAAACACCUCGACUGGGCGAUGCGAAUGGGGUCGAAAUACGGGAUCAGGGUGUUUCUGAGCAUGCAUAUGGUGGCCGGGACGCAGUCGGGCACGUUCGGGUCGCGGCUCGGGUACGCGGAUUUCGCCAAGCCGGGGAACAAGGCGAAGACGCUGCAGGCGGUGCAGUGGAUUGCAAAGCGGUAUGGCAGCAACCCCGCGUGGAUGGGCAUGGGGCUCAUGAACGAGCCGAGCCUCGACGUGCCACUGCCCAUGCUCAAGACGUACUACACGCAGGCGUUCAACAUCAUCCGGAGGUACAGCCCGUGCGCGUACGUGUCGAUCGAGGGGCAGUACAGCCCUUUUGACGUGAUGUCGACGAUCAACGAGCCCAACACGUUCGUGGAGAGCCACUUCUACAACGUCUUCCAGAGCACCGAGUUCGCGUCCGCCAGCGAGGAGAUCGCGUGGACGCAGUCAAAGUGGGGCGGGGACAUCACCAACUACCAGAAGUUCGGGCGGCCGCUGCUGAUCGGCGAGUUCAGCAAUGCCAUGAAGUACGGCUCCCCAACAGCGGCGGAGCAGCAGCAGUUCUCGCUCACGCAGAUGCAGACCUUCGGCAAGGCCGGCGCGGGCUGGUUCUUCUGGUCGCUCAAGAUCAAGAAGUCCAACACGUACCACUGGGACUUCAAGGCGAGCACUCAGAGAGGGUGGCUGCCUAAGAGGCCAAGCGGCCAAUGGUACUGAGGGGCAGGGAGGGUGGGGGGGCUUUUCCAGGGAGGGGGGAGAUGGGUGGGGGGAGGAGGGGUUGGGGUACGCCAUUGUUUUGUUGGGUUGGGUUGGGGAGUGAGAGCGAGCUCGCAUGGUGCUGAGCACACAUGGAAUAUCGGAGGUGGUGGGGUGGGGUGGUACUCUGAGGGAUCGAGGGCGGGUGUUGGUAUGGCAGGGGGGGACCUUUGGGUGCUCUACUCUAGCUCAUUAGAUUGGAAAGGAAUUGCUCUAGCCGCUGUGCGCUUAUGCAAGCUGUGGUACAGUUGGUUGGCUUGGCUGGCUUGGCAGCGGCUUUCUCGGUUUCGCUCUGAUUCGCUGGCUCGUGUUACGGUGAUGUCAACUACAAUAGACUAUUGCUUGAUUUAGUCGAAUGCUAUGUUAUGUGGUAGCUAUGCAUGAUUGAAAAUGCAGUAAUCAAUAGGCUUGUGUUGUGUAUGCAUGGACCACCUUGUAACUGUCGUAUCUCUUACCGUACGAUAACUUGACACU